AUGGCCGAUGGCACAGAGGACCCCGCGGUGUUCACCUCCACCGCCCUGCCCUCGGACCCGCGGCUGCUGCCGACGGUCACCAACGCUUACCUGGGCACCCGCGUCUACCGGGACAUCCUGCACGUCAACGGCGUGUACAACGGGGCUGUGGGAGACACCCACCGUGCUGACGUCCCCAGCCCCGUCAACGUGAGGAUGACGGUGCCCAGCGUGGACAGCCUGGCCGAGACCUUCUCCUUGGACACCCGGACGGGAACCUUCAGCCACGUGCUUCAGUCCCCUGAUUUUGCAGCCACCCAUCAGCUCUACGCUCACCACUCCCUCGUCCACUUGAUGGCCUUCAGCAUCACCAUCCAUCGAUCGACUCGCACCGCCCGGCCCAUCACCGUCCAGCUCCAGACGCCUUUUGUGCCAAAGAGCCAGGACUUGGACCUCAACCAGGGACCAGACUUCCAGGGAGCACACUAUGUCUACGGGAGGACGCUGGUUCCCGAGGUGGAGGGGGGCCCCCGUCCCACCGUUCACAUGCUCUGGACCCCCGUGCCCCAAACCCUGACGCUGCACGGGGAGGAGCAGGAGCAAUCCUGGCAGUUCCUGACGGCCGUGGAGACCUGGAUGUUCCCCAAUAUUCUGCUGUUUUAUCCUGAAGCCGCCCGAGCCAUCCUGGAGUAUCGGAUUCGCACCCUGGCAGGAGCCUUACACAACGCGCAGGAGCAAGGCUACCAGGGUGCUAAGUUCCCGUGGGAGAGCGCAGCCACCGGCCGGGAAGUCUGCCCCGAGGAGAUCUACGGAGCCCAAGAAAUCCACGUCACUGGGGACGUUUUGAUGGCCUUUGAGCAGUACUACUGCACCACGCAGGACCAGAAGCUGUUCAGGGAGGAUGGAGGCUGGGAGCUGGUGGGUGCCGUGGCUCAGUACUGGUGCAGCAGGAUGGUGUGGAGUGAGGAGGAGCAGUGCUACCACAUCAGAGGUGUCAUGCCCCCCGAUGAGUACCACCACCACGUUGAUAACUCCGCGUACACCAACGCCGUGGCCCAGCAGAGCCUAAAUUUUGCGGCGGGUGUUGCUCGGGACCUCUCAAUCCCCGUGCCAGAGGAGUGGGUGGACUGUGCCCAGAAAGUCAAAGUGCCCUUUGAUGCGGAGAAGAAAUAUCAUCCCGAGUACGACGGGUACAGCCCAGGGGAGCCUGUGAAACAAGCUGACGUUGUCUUGCUCGGAUUCCCUCUGAUGUACCCCAUGAGCCCGGAGGUCCGGAGAAAUGACCUGGAGAUGUACGAGCCCGUCACUGAGCUGGAUGGGCCGGCCAUGAGCUGGAGCAUGUUUGCGGUGGGCUGGCUGGAGCUCAAGGAGGUGCAGAGAGCCCAGAGCCAACUGAGCAAGUGUUUCAGCAACAUCAUGGAGCCCUUCAAGGUCUGGGUGGAGAACUCGGACGGGUCAGGAGCUGUGAACUUCUUGACAGGGAUGGGUGGAUUCUUGCAAGCUGUCCUCUUUGGCUACACAGGGUUCAGGAUCACAAGGUCCAGCCUCCGCUUCGACCCUGCCUUUCCCGACGACGUCAACAAGUUGAAAGUCAAUGGUGUCUCCUACUUGGGCAACAAACUGAAGUUCACCAUCACCAAAGAGAGGAUCAGGAUCAAAGCGACCGAGCUUGCCCGGGACCCUCCAGCAUCUCCUCUGGAAGCUGUGCUGGAGGAGUCGCGGCAGCACCUCCCCCUGCGGGAAGGACAGAGCGUCUCCUUCCCCACGGUGGCCGGCUGGAUACAGAGGUCACCCACUGAGACAUUUUAA